AUGCCUGUGGCGAUGAGCCCGGCUGCCCCGGCCUUGCAGGAGUCGCUGGAGAACGCGGGCCGCAUCAUCGACCGGCAGAUCCAGGAUGAUCGCUGCUACCCGGACCUGUCCGAGCUGCUGGCUGUGCCGGCGCCGGGUAGUCCUACAGUUUCUGGUAUGUCAGAUAUGGAUUAUCCUUUGCAAGGACCUGGUUUGCUCUCAAUACCCAAUCUUCCAGAGAUCAGUUCAAUCCGCAGAGUUCCACUUCCCCCUGAGCUAGUGGAGCAAUUUGGACAUAUGCAAUGUAAUUGUAUGAUGGGAGUAUUUCCAGAUAUCAGCAGGGCAUGGUUGACCAUUGACAGUGACAUUUUUAUGUGGAAUUAUGAAGAUGGGGGAGACCUUGCUUAUUUUGAUGGUCUUAGUGAAACUAUUCUUGCUGUGGGUCUUGUGAAGCCAAAGGCAGGUAUUUUCCAGCCUCAUGUACGAUACCUACUGGUUCUGGCCACUCCUGUGGAUAUAGUGAUUCUAGGACUUAGCUAUGCUAAUUUGCAAGCAGGUUCUGGAGCCCUCAAUGACAGCAUGUCUGGAGGAAUGCAGCUGCUUCCAGAUCCUCUCUAUUCACUCCCUACUGAUAAUACCUAUCUUCUAACCAUAACUUCCACUGAAAACGGCCGUAUCUUUUUGGCUGGAAAGGAUGGCUGUUUAUAUGAAGUAGCUUACCAGGCUGAGGCAGGCUGGUUUACUCAACGGUGUAGAAAGAUCAAUCAUUCAAAGAGCUCCCUUUCUUUCCUUGUUCCUUCAUUGCUGCAAUUCACAUUCUCAGAGGAUGAUCCCAUAGUUCAAAUUGCCAUUGACAAUUCUCGAAACAUCCUAUAUACCCGUUCAGAAAAAGGAGUGAUACAGGUUUAUGAUCUUGGCCAAGAUGGUCAAGGAAUGACCAGAGUUGCUUCUGUUUCUCAGAAUGCUGUUGUUUCUGCUGCUGGAAACAUUGCCAGGACUAUAGACCGUUCUGUUUUUAAGCCUAUUGUUCAGAUAGCAGUGAUUGAAAAUUCAGAAUCUAUAGAUUGUCAGUUGCUGGCAGUCACACAUGCUGGUGUACGAAUGUAUUUUAGUACAUCCCCAUUUAAGCAUCCAAUGGCUCGACCCUCCAUGUUAACGUUGGUUCACAUCCGCUUGCCGCCAGGAUUUUCCGCUUCUUCUAAUGUGGAGAAGCCAUCAAAGGUGCACAGAGCUCUUUAUAGCAAAGGUGUCCUGCUGAUGGCUGCUUCUGAAAAUGAGGAUAACGAUAUCUUGUGGUGUAUCAAUCAUGAUUCUUUCCCUUUCCAAAAACCAAUGAUGGAAACACAGAUGACCACACAUGUUGAUGGACAUUCAUGGGCUCUUUCUGCCAUAGAUGAGUUGAAAGUUCCAAAGAUUAUAACACCACUGAAUAAAGACCUUAUUCCAAUAACUGAUUCUCCUGUUGUCGUACAACAACACAUGCUGCCACCAAAGAAAUUUGUUCUGCUCUCAGCCCAGGGGAGCCUUAUGUUUCAUAAACUCAGACCUGUAGAUCAACUGCGACAUCUCCUAGUUUGCAAUGUAGGAGGUGAUGGAGAGGAGAUUGAAAGGUUUUUCAAGUUGCAUCAGGAGGACCAGGCCUGUGCUACUUGUCUUAUCCUUGCCUGCUCUCCUGCUGCUUGUGAUAGAGAAGUGUCUGCCUGGGCUACCCGAGCAUUUUUCAGGUAUGGCGGAGAAGCACAGAUGCGAUUUCCAUCAGCUUUGCCUCCUCCAAGCAACCUAGGACCAAUUUUGGGUUCUCCUGUUCCUGCUAGUUCCCCUAUGCCUAUUGGCAGUCCCUAUCCUAAUCCAAGCUUUUUGACAACACCAGCACAAGGUUUGCACCCUCCUAGUAUGUCAACCCCAAUGUUUGCUGCAGGCAGUUCAGUGUCUCAGGCUGGCGCAUCCAUGAGUGGUAUGAUGGGCCCAGAGAUAGUGUUUUCCGGAAAACACAAUGGCAUCUGCAUAUACUUCUCUCGAAUUAUAGGAAAUAUUUGGGAUGGCAGUAUAGUUGUUGAGAAAGUUUUCAAGAGUGGUAACCGAGAAGUUGUUGCAAUUGAAAGCAGUGUUCCAUCGCACAUGCUAGAAUCCGUGUUACAGGAACUAAAAGGCUUACAGGAAUUUCUGGACAGAAAUUCACAGUUUGCAACAGUAGGAGCUCUUGGAAACCCAAGCACCCCCGCUAACCUGCAGCAGAGGUUACUAGGGUUCAUGCGGCCUGAUGGUGGAAGUUCUCAGCAAGUGCAACAAGAGCUCCAGAGGAAGUUCCAUGAGGCACAGUUAACGGAGAAGACCUCACUUCAAGGGAUCCAGCAACUUGUUCACAAAACUUGCCAGGCUUUAGCUUUGUGGAAACUUCUCUGUGAGCACCAAUUCAAUGUUGUUGUAGGUGAGCUUCAGAAGGAAUUUCAAGAGCAUUUGAAGAUUACUACUUUCAAAGACUUAGUAAUUAGAGACAAAGAGUUAACUGGAGCACUCAUUGCCUCUCUAAUUAACUGUUACAUCAGAGAUAAUGCUGCUGUGGAUGGCAUCAGUUCACAUUUACAAGACAUAUGUCCACUUCUGUACAGUACUGAUGAUGCUGUCUGUUCCAAGGCAAAUGAAUUGCUUCAGCGGUCCCGACAGGUUCAGAGCAAAUUGGAAAAAGAGAAGAUGCUAAGAGAGUCAUUGAAGGAGUACCAAAAGAUCAGCAAUCAAGUGGACCUUUCUAAUGUCUGUGUACAAUAUAGACAAGUGCGUUUCUAUGAGGGUGUGGUGGAAUUGUCUCUUACUGCUGCUGAGAAGAAGGAUCCUCAAGGUCUUGGACUUCAUUUCUACAAAAAUGGAGAACCUGAUGAGGAUAUUGUUGGACUCCAGGCUUUCCAGGAGAGGUUAAACAGUUACAAAUGCAUCACUGACACCCUUCAGGAACUAGUAAAUCAAAGUAAAGCUGCUCCUCAGUCUCCCAGUGUACCCAAAAAGCCAGGCCCUCCAGUGUUGUCAUCUGAUCCCAAUAUGCUGAGCAAUGAAGAAGCGGGACAGCAUUUUGAACAAAUGCUAAAAUUGGCUCAGCGUUCAACAGAUGAACUCUUCUCUAUUGCUCUCUACAACUGGCUGAUACAAGCUGACCUUGCAGAUAAACUGCUACAGAUUACCUCCCCAUUUCUGGAGCCAUAUCUGGUGCGUAUGGCCAAGGUUGAUCAAAACAAAGUCCGUUAUAUGGAUUUACUGUGGCGAUACUUUGAGAAGAACAGGAACUUCAGUAAUGCAGCCAGAGUGUUGGCUAAAUUGGCAGACAUGCAUAGCACCGAAAUUCCACUUCAGCAGCGUCUUGAAUAUAUUGCACGUGCCAUUUUGAGUGCCAAGAGUUCCACUGCCAUAUCAUCGAUAGCUGCAGAUGGUGAAUUCCUACAUGAACUAGAAGAGAAAAUGGAAGUGGCUAGGAUACAGCUACAAAUAGAGGAAACAUUACAGCGGCAAUAUUUCCAUCAUUCUUCAGUACAAGAUGCAAUUUCCCAGUUGGAUUCUGAGCUGAUGGACAUCACCAAGCUGUAUGGUGAAUUCGCUGACCCUUUCAAACUCUCAGAGUGUAAGCUUGCAAUUAUACAUUGUGCAGGUCAUUCAGACCCUAUUUUGGUGCAGACUCUUUGGCAAGAAAUAAUUGAGAAAGAGUUGAGUGACAGUGUGACUCUGAGCCCAGCUGACAGAAUGCAAGCUCUUAGUCUAAAGAUGGUAUUGCUUGGAAAGAUAUACGCUGGGACACCUCGUUAUUUUCCUUUAGAUUUCUUAGUGCAGUUUCUAGAGCAACAAGUUUGUUCUUUGAACUGGGAUGUGGGAUUCGUGACAUACACUAUGCGGGAAAUUGGAGUGCCACUAUCUAGGCUACUUGAAGUGUAUGACCAGUUGUUCAAAGCACGGGACCCAUUCUGGAAUAGAAUGAAAAAGCCUUUACACCUUUUGGAAUGUAUUCAUGUAUUAUUAUCGGGAUAUGUACAAGACCCCAACAAAGUGCUUAACUUUGAGAGACGACGAUUCACAAAUGUAUGUUUGGAUGCUGUCAGUUGCUACCUUGUUGAACUUCAAUCUAUGAGCCCUACACUAACAGUGCAGACCACUAUUGGGAAUUUUAAAUCCCUACAGGCUAAAUUAGAACGGCUUCAUUGACUAAUAUGAUAAAGAACUGUUAGUCCAGAGAAAAUGAAUUGUUAAAUGGAAGCUCAGAUGUCUGCACUGGAAUCUGGAAGAACAAAUGCUCAGAAGGAAGUAGGGGGAAAUUAAAGUUCCUGCUGCAAUUGAUUAUUUGUGUGUUCUAGGCUCUUACUAAUCUACAGUUAUCUACCAAUAGUAGAAUGUAUAUUUGCCAAAUUAUUAAUUUCUUUUGCUACCACCACAUUUUUCUAACAAUGGAAAACUUUUUAUACUGCUGAAAUAAGAUACUUUGUAUAAUUGCUACCUUGAGGAUUAAAUG